CGCAGCCAUCUUCUGCCGGCGCUACCGCUGCUGCUGCUGCUCCGGCUUCUCCUCCCGAAGCCCGGCUCGUGGUGAGACGUUGGAAUUGAAGAGUUAAGUAAUUAAGACAAACCUGCUGCAUACUCAGUGACGAUUUGGGCAGUGCCAUCAAAUUGAAAAUGAUCCACAGUCUGUUUCUUAUAAACUGUUCGGGCGACAUAUUCUUGGAGAAGCAUUGGAAGAGUGUUAUCGGCCAAUCUGUGUGUGAUUAUUUCUUUGAAGCUCAGGAGAGAGCAGCUGAUGUUGAAAAUGUGCCCCCCGUCAUCCCCACACCUCACCACUACCUCAUCAGCAUCUAUCGGGAUAAAAUAUUUUUUGUGUCUGUCAUACAGACAGAAGUGCCUCCACUCUUUGUCAUUGAAUUCCUUCACCGCAUAGCAGAUACUUUCCAGGAUUACUUUGGAGAAUGUUCUGAGACUGCAAUUAAAGACAAUGUUGUUAUUGUGUAUGAGCUUCUUGAAGAAAUGCUGGACAAUGGCUUUCCACUGGCAACAGAAUCCAAUAUCUUAAAAGAGCUCAUUAAACCUCCCACAAUACUGCGCUCUGUUGUCAAUUCCAUUACAGGCAGUAGUAAUGUGGGUGAUACUCUUCCAACUGGCCAAUUGUCAAACAUUCCAUGGAGAAGAGCAGGUGUGAAGUACACAAACAAUGAAGCAUACUUUGAUGUGAUUGAAGAAAUCGAUGCCAUCAUAGACAAAUCUGGCUCUACGGUCUUUGCAGAAAUUCAAGGUGUAAUUGAUGCUUGCAUCAAGCUCUCCGGGAUGCCAGAUCUUUCACUGUCUUUCAUGAAUCCAAGACUCCUGGAUGAUGUUAGUUUUCAUCCUUGCAUUCGAUUCAAGCGCUGGGAGUCGGAAAGAGUCCUCUCCUUCAUUCCUCCAGAUGGAAACUUCAGAUUGAUUUCAUACCGGGUCAGCUCACAAAAUUUGGUUGCCAUUCCAGUGUAUGUGAAACAUACAAUUAGUUUCAAAGAUAAUUCAUCUGCUGGAAGAUUUGAUGUUACAAUUGGACCCAAACAGAAUAUGGGGAAGACCGUGGAAGGAGUUGUCAUGACAGUCCAUAUGCCAAAAGCUGUACUCAAUAUGAACCUUACAGCCACACAAGGCAAUUAUACAUUUGAUCCCGUCACUAAAGUGUUAACCUGGGAUGUUGGCAAAAUCACCCCUCAGAAGCUGCCCAGUCUAAAAGGGAUGGUGAUUUUGCAAUGUGGAGCUCCCAAGCCAGAAGAAAACCCCAACCUGAACGUUCAGUUCAAGAUACAGCAGCUGGCUAUUUCAGGAUUGAAAGUAAAUCGCCUUGACAUGUAUGGAGAAAAAUACAAACCAUUUAAAGGUGUGAAGUACAUCACGAAAGCAGGGAAAUUCCAAGUACGAACAUGAGACACAAGAUCCCUGCCUUCCUGGCAGCUAAAUGUUGGGGUUUUUUUCCCAUUUGAGGGAGAAAUGAGAUCUAGAGACUUCAACCCAUGUUAACAAUUCCUCUGAUUAGAUUCAUUCCUGUGCACUGCAGCUCUUCAAAUUAAAUCAUACUUUAAUAGGAUUUUUUAUAUCUGGCUUUGAAAUAGAGUAACUUACUGCAGCAGUUUCCUUUUUGUGACCCUGUUGGUUCAUGAAUUGUGAUUACAACCAGGGACUGUCCAUAGCACCAGCUAACGCUGCACACUGCCAAGCAAACCACCAAAGCGCAAGAAGCAUGCAGGAGCUCCUGGACAGAUGGAAAACCCCACUUUGGACAGCACUGAAGGAAACGGAUGCUCUUGUAGCCUGUUAGAAAUUGGUUUUCCAUCACAAGGUCUAUUAGGAAAAAGGGGUGGGGGUAGAGGGCUGACUCCCCUGGAAAGGGAUCAACAGAGAUACAAAAAAAGGCUUAACCUGCAAUGUUUACAACAUGCUGCCUUUUUAAUCCAAACGGUUUGCCUUACCAGUUUGUGAAUUCAACAGACAAUCUGUAGCCAAUGCUAGGUUUUCUACAACUUCCUUUAUUUUGAAGGUGAAAAAUGUAUGGAAGUGAAGUCUUUGUUCAACAGGUAUCACCACCACUUUAAAUGUGUUUUUCCCUUACACCUCAAGAGUAGUUCACCAUAGGCAGCAAGCUUUAUUUGAAGGUUUAAGUGCUUAUUUGUAAUGAAAUAAAAGGGAACUCAGCUAUA